AUGGGGGACGAGGACAACACCACGGCGCUCGAGCCACAAGACAAGGCGCUGCUUCGAAUGCUGGCCAGACGCCUCAAAGAACAUGCGCGACAUUUUGCUGCCACCUCUGCUGCGGCGCUUUCGGGAGCGGAGGUGACAGGAGACGGCGCGGAGACGGAGGAGGAGAUGCUCCUGCGGGUGAAGCGGCUGCUGCUGCACGGGUACUCGGACGCGGAGUGGGAGACGCUGAAACGGCUUGAUCACGGGGUGACCUAG